GACAAUAUACAGGCAAGAUAAUUGAUCGAUGAGUCCGUGGACCCGAUUGCAAGAAUGUUUAUAAUAUGAACUUGUAGAAAUGUUCACCAGGCUUUAGAAUAGUUUGGCAUUUUCCUGAUCACGUCGCGUCGGAUUUUCUGUGGAACAUUUAGGUCAUGGUGGAGAACUCCCCCUCUCCUUUGCCUGAGAGGGCCAUCUACGGGUUUGUUCUGUUCCUGAGCUCGCAGUUUGGCUUCUUUCUGUAUUGCCUGUGGGCUUAUGUGCCCGAGGAGUGGCUUCAUUCAAUAGGGCUCACGUACUGGCCUCAGAAAUAUUGGGCCCUUGCAGCACCAAUCUAUCUGCUGGUUGCAAUAGUGGUCUGCUUUGUUGUGUUGUUUGGAGUCAACAUGAUGAACACAGCCUCACUGGACUCUGUGGACAACGUCACAGAUGUGUACGCUUUAGGCCAGAAGACAGAAGGCUGCGACAAGAACGGAGUACCUAGACUGAAAGAUGUGCCCAUUAGUGACGUUAACAAAAUGUUCUAUAUGUCACAGAAACUAUGACAGAAAGUGAAUUGGAAAUGCAACAAUACUUUUAUUGUUUAUAAAAUUAUUUACUGUGUGCUUGUAUCCAAGAACAGUUAUCUGUUGGGCAAAGAUGUUUUUUAACUUUGAGUACAUUGGUAAUCUGUAUGAAUACAUGACAAGCUGAAUGAGGAACUCAUACAUUACAUGGAAAAGGAAACAGGUUAAUAUAUUUAAUAAAUGUUUUAUUGUGCAGUAUGUGCAUGUAUGUUCCAUUGCAUAACUUAUUACGAGAAACUGAAACUGCAAUAAAUCAGUUCUACCAUGAA